UUCCAUCCAGAACAGCGAGAGGUCGGGGUAGAGCAUGGAGGUUCCACAGGGGUUCUUCGUUCUACUCGUGGCUCUUCUGACGUCUCCUGAAGACACUGUGGUCAGUGCGUCGUCGGCCGUCCUCAUCACUUCAGAAAAUCGUAUUGUCCAGCUUGGGAGUUCGCUGACCCUCAACUGUACAACGUCCUGCUCACCUGGGAAGCCUAGAUGGGACAAGAUGACAGACUCCCACAAAGUGGAGAAAGACGAUCAUGACCAGUACAGCACCCUGACCAUUCCAGACAUCACAGUGGACGACACGACUUUCAGUUGUAAAGCAACAUGUGGGCAGAAACCGAAAAGGUCUGCUGUUGAACUUUACUAUUUUUCUGCCCUGAACAUCACCGCUGACCCAAAGGAGCCGGUGUCCGGUCAGCAGUUCCUGCUGAAGUGCAGAGUGGACAUUCACAGGGACAUGACGGCCAAGCUGAAGCUGAAGCACAAGGAGACAGUGAUGGUCACUCAGGCUAUGUGUAAAGACAGUGAAGACUACCAGCAUAAACACUGUGAGAUCUCCUGGCUCACUGAGGCCACUGGGCUGCCCUACCAGUGUGAGGCUGCUCUGCAGGUGGAGUCGUCACACCUUACAAAGACAGCUGAGCUUCAUCUGCCGCUCAGAGAAGCUAUGAGUACAAAACCUCCAAUAAAGCCCACAUCACCGCCGGCAGAAGCUCCGUCCACAGCGGCCCUGAACGUUCCUGCCCAAACAGAGCGACCGAGGCCUCUGUCCACCACCGCAUUCAAAGAAGCUAUGAGUACAAAACCUCCAAUAAAGCCCACAUCACCGCCGGCAGAAGCUCCGUCCACAGCGGCCCUGAACGUUCCUGCCCAAACAGAGCGACCGAGGCCUCGGUCCACCGCCGCAUUCAAAGCUCAGGGCUCUAAAUCCGGUCAGACUGUGACAGUCAGUGUGCCUGUCGUUCUGGUCAUUGUGAUCAUUCUUGCUGGCCUGUUUUGCUUCUUGAGGAAGCGUAAGUGUCAGGAGAAACCGAAAGGAGAAGUACCUCCACCCUAGUCUGUCAGCCUGUCAUUUUCUCAACCUCUCAGCCUCUCAGCCUGUCAGCCUCUCAGCCUCUCAGCCUGUCAGCCUCU